AUGCCAGAGCAGCUCACAUACUACGGCAGUAAAUACAGUGCAUUCUCACUUAGAGUAGCGAUAGCCCUUCAUGAGGCAAACGCACAUCACACAACCUGUGAGGUUGAUUUUGAGAAUAAGCCAGACUGGUACGUCAAGUUUGUGAACCCAGCCGGGAAGGUCCCAGCGAUCACAUACGGCGGACCCUCCGUCCCUCCUGACCAGCCAUCACCCGAAUCUGCCAAGAUCGCGGAAUCAGUGAUAAUCCUCGAGUUCAUCGCCGACCUCUACCCAUCCUCUGGUCUCUUACCUUCCGAUCCCGUCAAACGCGCUCAAGCGCGCUUCUUCAUCGAGACACUUCACAGCAAGUUUAUCCCUCCGUUUUUUGGGUGGCUAAUAGGUGCCGAGCCUGGCGUAAGCGGGCUUGCUGAAGGGAUCAAAGCACUGCAAGUGCUGCUUCCUGAGGAAGAGAAAGGUCUGUACGCGAUCGGAGAUGAGUUCACGAUUGCGGACGCGGCCUUUGCACCUAUGUGGGCGCUGAUUCGGCUCAUCGUGGACAAGAGCCUCGGAGAAGAGUUAUACGGUCAGCAGCUAGCUGCGACUAAGGAGGCGCUGGGGUCUCCGGAGUUGGCGAAGUUCACGGCAUACGGAGAUCGUCUUCUUGAGCGGCCGAGCGUGAAAGCGACAUGGCACGAGGAUUUGGUUAUACGCUACUACGAAAGGAGGACUGCUAGUCUGCUCAAGAGCCGACAGUAA